UUGUGCGUUUCCAGACGGGACCAAAUAGUGUGGCGCCGGGUGUAACCAACGAGCUAACGUUAGGCUAGUUAGAUGUAGCUAGCUAGUUUAAGAUUGUUUUCGGUGUACGCAGUAGGUAAAGUAACAUUGUACACACUUGUAUUGGGGAUUACUAAUAAAACCCGUUGGUGUCACCCUUCUUUACGGGCACACUACUCGUGUCGUCGACGUCUUUCGUUUAGUUUUCACUAUUAGCUGUCCUGUGUUGGUCAGCGAGCUAGUUAGCAUACUUAGCUAAGCCUAGUAGCUUAUGGGUGUCAAAGUUAACCGUGACUUCACCAGGUGUCUGGUUGCUUGAUCUCAUUUUCUGGACACGUCAAGCUUCCUCAAAUCUGUACCUUGUUUUUUGGGUCUGUGAUGUCGGAGCCCAAGACCCCCACUCCCACCCCUCCUAGUGACACAUACAAAGGAUGGGUGUUCAAGUGGACAAAUUACCUCAAGGGUUAUCAACGGAGGUGGUUUGUCCUGAGCAAUGGACUCUUAUCAUACUACAGGACCCAGGCAGAGAUGGGCCACACAUGUAGGGGGACAAUCAACUUGGCUACAGCAACUAUCACUGUGGAUGAUGCCUGCAACUUUGUCAUAUCCAAUGGUGGGGCACAGACUUAUCACUUGAAAGCCAGUUGUGAGGUGGAACGCCAGCGCUGGAUUACUGCCCUAGAGUUGGCAAAAGCAAAGGCUGCCCGCAUGCAGCCAGAGUCAGAUGAUUCUGGAGAUGACUUCUCAUCAUCUGCACCUGUUGCACCUGGACAAGGUGGAGGGUCACACAAUUCAGAAGUCCAGUCUGCUCUCAGAACACUAGGCAGCAAAGUACAGGAUCUUAGCACCUGUAAUGACCUCAUCUCAAAGCAUGGUUCUGCCCUGCAGAGGUCUUUAUCUGAGCUGGACAGUUUGCGUCUAACUGGAGAAGCUGCAGAUAAGAUACGUCAGGUGACAGAGAGGGCUACACUCUUCCGCAUUACAUCUAAUGCUAUGAUUAAUGCAUGCAGAGAUUUUCUCACAUUAGCUCAGACUCACAGCAAGCGGUGGCAGAAGGCACUGCAAGCAGAAAGAGAGCAGAGGGUGAGGCUGGAGGAGACUUUAGAACAACUGGCAAAACAGCACAAUCAUCUGGAGCGUGCGUUCAGAGGAGCUUCACAAGCUAAUGCUUCUGCAGACAAUAAAAGUGCUGAUGGACCAGGAAAAGGUGAAGCCAGUGACGAGGAUGAUGACAAUGAGUUUUUUGAUGCAAUGGAGGAAGCACCUGAAUUUAUCACCGUGCCUGCAGAUCCCCAGUUACACAAAAGAUCAAGCAGUAAUGUCAGCGGCUUCAAUACUGAAAUGUGUUCGGAUGAUCAGUCGCUAAAUGAGGAGCCUUUAGUGAUCAACCAGGAGUCCCCCUCUCAGGAGUUGGUGCCCUUGAAGAAGAGGCGGACACGUAUCCCUGACAAACCUAACUACUCUCUCAACCUGUGGAGUAUCAUGAAGAACUGUAUCGGCAAGGAGCUGUCCAAGAUUCCAAUGCCUGUGAACUUCAAUGAGCCCAUUUCUAUGCUGCAACGGUUGUCAGAGGACCUUGAGUACCAUGAGCUGCUGGACAAGGCAGCUAAGUGCCACAGCUCCCUGGAGCAGAUGUGCUAUGUGGCUGCCUUCUCUGUGUCCUCCUACUCAACCACGGUGUACCGCACAGGCAAGCCCUUCAACCCUCUGCUAGGGGAAACAUAUGAGCUGGACCGUCAAAGGGAGAGUGGUUACCGCUCCCUGUGUGAGCAGGUGAGCCACCAUCCACCUGCAGCAGCCCAUCAUGUGAUUUCUGAUAGGGGUUGGACCCUGAGGCAGGAAAUCACAGUUGCCAGCAAGUUUAGAGGGAAGUACCUGUCUAUUAUGCCUUUAGGCACAAUUCAUGCAAUCUUUGGGAAAAGUAACAAUCACUACACAUGGAAGAAAGUUACCACCACAGUGCACAACAUCAUCGUAGGGAAACUGUGGAUCGAUCAGUCAGGAGAGAUAGACAUAGUCAACCACACCACAGGAGACCGCUGCCAUCUUAAAUUUGCUCCUUAUAGCUACUUUUCCAGAGAUGUGGCCCGUAAGGUGACUGGUGUUGUGAUGGACAAAGAUGGCAAAGCCCACUAUGUGUUGUCAGGGACAUGGGAUGAGAAGAUGGAAUUUUCUCGGGUCAUGCAGAGCAGCCGAGGAGGAGAGAACGGCACAGAGGGGAAACAGAAGACAGUCUAUCAAACCCUUAAGGCCAGAGAGGUGUGGAGAAGAAACCCUUUACCUGAGGGAGCAGAGACCAUGUACUACUUCACUGCCUUGGCACUGACCCUAAAUGAACCAGAGGAGGGUGUGGCACCAACAGACAGCCGACGCCGGCCUGAUCAGCGGCUGAUGGAGGACGGUCGCUGGGAAGAGGCCAAUGCCGAGAAGCAGCGCCUGGAGGAAAAACAGCGUAGCGCCCGCAGAGAAAGAGAGAGGGAGGCCGCCAACCAACGCACUGCCAGCCAAUCAGAAGAAGCUGUCGAUGAGGACUCUCUUACUGACCCCUCCUUAAAAAAUGCACCUCAUGACAACUACCAGGCGAUGUGGUUUGAUAGUUGCACAGAUGAGGUGACAGGUGAUCAAGUCCAUAUCUAUAAGGGAGGCUACUGGGAAACCAAAGACCGUGGCAGCUGGGAGGGCUGCGCGAACAUAUUUUGAUCUCAUUUUGACUACAAAGUGCCCUAAAGAGACAGAUCCAAGGCCAUCUGAUGGAUGGCUGCCACAAAGGCCUGCCUGAUCCCCUAUUUGGAUGGCUGCUUUGCUCCAGUGGCUCUCUGUUCUAAGAGAUCUCCAGGUUGGUCACUGCUGUCUGACACCGAGGGAGGAGCAAGGUUUUGUCUCAAACCUCUGUCACCUCCCCGUUUGGGUUCCUGUCUCUUUGAGUCUUAGCCUCUACCUCUUUGUUGCUGUCACACACCAGAGAGGACUGGAAUUAAAAUUUCUGUGCUGCUGUGACUCAGGUCAGGCUGAGUAUAAGGGAGAGGAGAUAAAGGGACAGUGCUUCCACAUCUAUUGUAGAUCAUCCUGUUAUUGUCUCUGCUGACGCCUCUUUACCCUCCUCCAUCAGGAGUUUUUAUGCUGAUGCCACCCUGUGAAAUAAUGCAGUGUUCCUGUUGUCAUUCAUAGCAUUGCAUUUGUUGGUAAUGACUUAAAAAAGGGGAGUUAAUUAAUAAAUCAAAUUAAAUAUACAUAGGUAAAUAAUAAUUUCAUUAAACGUUGGUGGCCUUCAUGUAUGACUUAGUGAGGACUUCUUGUUAAUCUCUGAUUUAGAGUCUAAAUGUAAUGAAGUAAUGCUUCUAGUGUGUUUGUGUGAAUGGCUGUGUAUCUGCUCUUCCAUCACUCUACAACACUGCCACUGGCAGAACAGUGUGGUUAAACAUGAUUGUCUGGAAUCCAGGGUGACCCUUCACACUGUCAUGUUUUGUAGCUGGGGUUUUUCUUUAUCCAAGUCCUGAUAGAACUUAUAGUUAAAAUGAUCAUGGAUGCUAGAAGAUCUCAACUCUCUCUUUGCCUUAGAAAUAAGCACCCUGAUGCUGGAUACGAUGCUGACAUUUUUACAAGGUUUCUUGUGAAAAUACAAAACCGUUUUUAGGGAAUUUUGUGGAGAAAGACUUUAAAGCUGUAAAAUAGCAAAAGGCUUGUUCCAUUGCUGAAAAACCUGACAUUAGUGCAAUUGUAUCCACUACUGGUAAUAAAAUUACAAAUAUUCACAGUGUAAAAAUGAUGUUUUGCAAAUUGCAAACAAUGUGAACGGUAACAAAGUUUCAUGGCAGUAAAGUUGUUUUUUAAAAAUGGUUUAGUGGCAACAGAAAUGCAAACACAAACGUACAUUGGGUGAAGACUGAUGCCGAAUUCCCUGUGAAUCAGCUGAAGAGUUCAUACAUAUGCAAAUAUGCAUUUUGACACCAAAAACAUGGUGUGUGUGUCUGGUUGUGUGUGUGCGUGUGUGUGUGUGUGUGCAUUUGAUAAUUUUGUUUGUAAGUGUACUUAAAAUAAAGAAUAAAACAAUUGCAAAUAAGUGAUUUAUAAAUUAUACAAAAUCAAAUGAUAGUAUUGAUAAAUGUAAGGUAGAUUGUUUUCUUAUACUUUUGGUUCCUCUCUGAUCAUGGAACAGGGUCUUCAUUGUCACAGCAAAAGGAGUUUCUGUACUUUAAGGCAAGAGGAGGCAUUGUUCAGUAUUUUAUAUUAACAAAGGAGGAAUGUUUAAUAAAUGCUGUGAUGUCAAACAUAGAUUUUCAUACUUUUCUUUAAUUUAUCAUUAUUUGGUAACGUACUUGUUCUACUGCCAAAUCAGAUCUUUAGGGAUGUUUGUCUUCAUGUUCAACAAGCUAGAUGAGAUUAUGCUUGGUGUUACAAUUAAUAAACAUACUGCCAUCA